GUUCUCAUCACUUAGACGCAGCGGUUGUGUUGUAUCCCUUUCGCAGCUGCCGGCGCUAGCCACUUUUUAAAUUGCAGUUUAUGCACUAUUUGUGUAUGAGCUCAUAGCGUGGAGUGUACAUAUACUAUAUAUAUAGUGAAUUAAGUUUCCUGGACGCGUUACUUUAAUUCAAUUAUUAAACCGCGCUUGUGACAGUGAAAGUUUUGCCUUGACCGUCAGAUAUUCCUACAUACAUACAUACAUCUAUGCAAAUUUCCGCUUGUAAUUGUAUUAGUGACCACUGAGUGCCGCUGGAUUGUGGGUGCGUGCGUGUGUUUGUGGGUGCGUGUGUGUUUACUGCCAUAUGCGAAUGCGGUUGCGACGUUAAAACAUAAUACAAACUGCAUAACAGUAAAGGUGUAGAAAGAACAGAGGAAAGAGUUGGAGGAAAAAGCCACAGGUUGCCAGGAUAUGUCAACGAGAAUGGUUGUCAAGGAAAUGCCACUGCACGAGAAUCUCAACAUGGAAAAUCGUCAUGGCAAUGCAGCCAGCAGCAAUUCAUCCAAUCCACCGAUAACCACAUUCUCGAGAAUGGGCAAACGCUUCUCCAUAUCCCUGACGACAGCGGUGCUCCUGGCAUCCUUCUUCAUUUGCACUCUGCUUGCAGUGGGAUUCAUUGUUUAUAAUUUCGCAACUUGUGCUCAUUUGGAGCCCGAGUCCGGUGAGGAAAUCGUCUGCACCAGCGUUCGUCUGCACAACUCAAAAACUUCGCAUGGCACCGACGAUGAACCCAAAUACGUUCAAGAUGUUCGUCUGCCCCGAUCCAUACAGCCGUUGAAGUAUAACAUCUCGUUGGUGCCUCAGAUGGAGGGCAACUUUAGCUUCACGGGCACCGUUCAGAUUCGAGUGCGUGUCCUGGAGGAUUGCUACAAUAUCACCAUGCACACCGAGGAUCUCAACAUAACACGGAAUGAUGUCGCAGUAUAUCGUGUUGUAUCCAAGGACAAGGACGAAUGGGAAACAAACAGUUUGAGGAUCCAUAAACAGUAUCUCGUGGCAGCCAAACAGUUCUUCGUCAUCCAGCUGUAUGACAAGUUGCUACGAGGAUCGGAGUACGUGGUGAACAUACGCUUCACGGGCAUCAUCAAGGACUAUUUGCAGGGCUUCUAUCGCAGCUCCUACGAGGUGCUCAAUGAGACCAGAUGGGUCGCUUCCACACAGUUCCAGGCAACGGACGCACGACGCGCCUUUCCCUGCUUCGAUGAGCCCGCUCUCAAGGCCAACUUUACACUACACAUCGCCCGGCCACGUCACCUAACCACCAUCUCCAAUAUGCCAAUCCUCUCCAGCAAUAAUCACGAAUCCAUACCGAACUAUGUGUGGGAUCACUUUGCAGAAACGUUGCCCAUGUCCACCUACCUUUUGGCCUAUGCCAUAUCCGACUUCACACACAUCUCCUCGGGUAACUUCUCGGUUUGGGCUCGAGCCGAUGCCAUUCGAUCAGCCGAGUAUGCUUUGAGUGUUGGACCGAAGAUACUCGAUUUUCUGCAGAACUUCUUUGGGAUAGCAUUUCCUUUGCCCAAAAUUGAUAUGAUAGCUUUGCCGGAGUUCCAAGCGGGCGCCAUGGAGAACUGGGGACUCAUCACAUUCCGGGAGACGGCGAUGCUGUAUGAAAAGGGCGUGUCAACCGCCAGCAACAAGCAGCGUGUGGCGUCUGUGGUGGGACAUGAGUUGGCACAUCAGUGGUUCGGGAAUCUUGUCACUCCCAGCUGGUGGUCAGAUAUUUGGCUAAACGAAGGAUUCGCCAGCUACAUGGAAUAUCUCACAGCAAAUGCUGUGGCACCCGAAUGGAAACUGCUCGAUGAGUUUGUGGUCAAUGAGUUGCAGACUGUGUUCCAACUGGACGCACUGACAACGUCGCAUAAAAUCUCCCAGGAAGUUGGCAAUCCACAGGAAAUCUUUGAGUUAUUUGAUCGCAUUUCGUAUGCCAAGGGAUCGACUGUGAUACGCAUGAUGAGUCACUUUCUAACCGACAUUGUCUUUCGUGGUGGACUCAGCAACUAUUUGCGAGAAAUGGCCUAUAAAUCCGCCACGCAGGAUGAUCUUUGGCGUUUCCUCACGGAUGAGGCCAAGGCUUCGGGUUUACUCGAUAGCAGCACCAGUGUCAAAGCCAUCAUGGACACCUGGACACUACAGACUGGCUUUCCGGUGGUUAAGAUCUCACGUCAUCCCAAUUCAGAUGCUGUGCGUUUGGAGCAGGUGCGCUUCGUCUAUGGCAACAGAAGCAAGGCGGAUGACCGCCUUCUCUGGUGGAUACCCAUCACAUACACCACAGCAACGGAGUUGAACUUCCAGAAUACACGACCUACAACUUGGAUACCGCGUACCAAGACCUACGAGCUGGAGAAUCGCAAUCUCUCGACGGCCAAAUGGUUUAUUUUCAAUAUACAACAGACGGGUUAUUAUCGUGUCAAUUACGAUCUGGAUAAUUGGCGUGCAAUUAAUGCACAUUUAAUGGAUCCCGUGAACUUUGCACAAAUUGCACCUGCCAAUCGUGCACAGCUUAUUGAUGAUGUCUUGAAUCUGGCUACUGGCUCCUACCUGUCCUACGACACAGCCAUGAAUCUAACCCGUUACCUCGCACACGAGACAAACCAUGUUCCCUGGAAGGCGGCCAUCACAAACUUUAACUUUAUCGAUUCCAUGUUUGUCAAAUCUGGUGACUACGAUUUGCUCAAGAACUAUUUGCUGAAGCUGAUGAGCCGUGUGUACGACGAGGUGUCUGGCAAGGAUUCACAAAGCAUUAAUGAAAACAUUCCGUUGCUGUUGAAGCGUGCUGAGAUCCUUGGCAUGGCCUGUCAUCUUGGCCAUCAGCAGUGCAUCUCAGAGAGCACUAAGCAGUUCCAGAACUGGGUGCAAACUCCCAAUCCCGAUGCCUAUAAUCCGAUCAAUCCUAACAUGCGUGGCAUUGUCUACUGCUCGGCCAUACAGUACGGCACGGAGUUCGAAUGGGACUUUGCCUUUGAGCGCUAUUUGAAGACCAAUAUUCCAGCCGAGAAGGAGUUACUGCUGAGUGCUUUGGGUUGCUCCAAGGAACCUUGGCUGCUCUAUCGUUAUCUGCGUCGUGCCGUUGCCGGUCAGCACAUAAGGAAACAGGAUGUGUUCCGUGUAUUUGCCGCUGUCUCCACCACGGUGGUGGGUCAGGAGAUUACCUUUGAUUAUCUGCGCAGCAAUUGGAAGGACAUAAAUGUCUACAUGGGAUCAAGUAUUAGCAACAUUCACACGAUGCUCAAGUUUGCCACGAAGCGCAUGAACUCCAAGUAUCAAUUGGCUGAGUUGGAGGAAUUUGUACGUGAUGCACACUGGGUGUACGAUAGGCCCAUUCAACAGAUUGUGGAACAGGUUGAUAUUCGGGUUGAUUGGAUGAAUCGCAACUACAAAUCGAUUGUCAAUUGGCUGCAACGGGAGACAACCAUCAAUGCGUAAAGAGAAGGAUUCCCUUAUUCUUAUUCAUCCACGAUGUGGCUUGACUGGCUUCGAGCUGCAGCAGUAUUACAUUUUGGGCAUUGAUUAAUGCAUUUAAGUGUACAUUUUAUUAGUAUAUGUAUGUAUCUGUAUGUCGAGCGUCUCUUUAAGUCCAUGAGCCAAAGAAUCAACUGAAUGGUCACAGAAGUCAGCAACUUGUGCUCUGUGCCAAGUUUUUACUAUUUUAUUUUUUACUUUUAACCAUUUGUACUUUUAUUUCGUAAAUGUGUGUAUGUAUUGUACUUUGUACUUAAAUGUAAAUGGAAUAAUCAUUCUUUGUUCAUACUCGCUA